AUGGCGCUUCGAUGUGUCGUCGCCUUUUUGGCCGUUACUUGUACACAGGCCCUGAAUCAAUACCAAAAUGAGUAUGGAAAUUUCCAAAACAACCAUGGUUUUAGGCAACCACAAUUCCCUUCAAUUACGAUGCCGCCGAUCAAACCGAUAGUUUUCCCAACAUUUCCCACAUUUUCCCCGGAGGAUAUAAUCAACCAGCGAGGAGGCCCUGGAGUCAAUUACAAUGGUGUUGCCAUAUCUUCGUCUAGUUUCACAAAUGUUGGCCAGGAUGGGAAAGUGCAACGUGGGGGUGGCACAAAAAUUAUUACCAAUCGUAAUGGGGUGAUCGAGGAGCAUACAUAUCCUGAUGAUGACUCCAACAUCAAUAUAUUUCCACGACCUAACAUACCUAAGUUUCCAGUACUUCCACAGAUAAAGUUACCUUUACCUCUCUUACCGGUACCCCCAUUUCCUCAAAUAAAGGUUCCAUUCUUACCACUGCCACCUGUACCAAAAAUCGACCCCAUAGUUAUCCCAAAAUACAGGCCCGGCCCAAAUGAAGAAUUUCGCGGCAGGUCCAUUGUUUCAUACAGACAUUCGUCCAAUAUCAACGGUGAAAGGAGCGGUGGUGGCGUUGAUACCAUUAUCAAUAAUGAUAAUGGAAGAGUUGAUAAGAAAACUUAUAAGUAUGGAGACUUAAACGAUGAAUACUAA